GCAUCAGUCUGCAUGAGAUUUGCUGCUAAAUUCGAUUCGGAAGGACGUGGCAGGUUACUUACCUGCGUACCGUUGGCCAUGACGCCCUCCGACGCAACGUUCCUCGCCGACGUGGAGGCUUUCCUCGCUUCAAUUGACCAAACAUUGCCAUCGCUCGACAUCGGUGAAGAUGAACCAGCACGGGCGGAAAGAGAGCAUGAUACUGUGGAAGACAAAGCUCCAACUAAGUCCGCCACAUCCAAGCGCUGGAACAAGAAGACGCGGGUCAGCCACACCAUAGAGGAAGAGAAGGCCAAGGCUCGAGUGCGCCGUUCAGCCUACGUCGAACGGCAAAAGGUUGAACGGGAAACUCUGAGGCGUGAGGUGGAAAAACUUACACAUCAACUCGAGAAAGAGAAGACCAGAGUAACGUCGAAGUGGAAGAUGGUUGCGGCACACCAACACAAGCAACGAGCGAAUGCUGAAGCAGAGCAUCGACGAUUGUUUGCUGAGAUUGUGGCCGGCGCAGCAUUGAUUCGGGAGCUCCGCGGGUUUUUGAGUAGGUGGUCUCAGUAUGACAGCUUCGAAACGAAUGAAUUACUUCACAAGAGAAGUCGCCGCGAGACCGCUGAUAUCGAGGUGCACAGGUUCUAUGUGGUGUUGCUAGAUGGUCUUUAUGCUCAGACCAACGCUGUUCUCCGACGUUGUGGACUCGAUGCAAUGGACGAAGACCGGGUCGGCAGCAAGCAGACAUGGACAAGAAACACCGAGACCGGACACUUCGAGUACGCAGACAAACACAUUGUACCCUUUGAAUUUGAGGAGACGUGUCAUUCCCGAUGGGUUGUGGCUCACAUGCUUCAUCGACAGCAAGAUCGAGAACUUCAUCACAGGCUGGAAGACUCGGAGCACACGGUGGCAUUAAAGUUUCGUAGCACAACCCACCUCGAGCCGGGCAGGGUCGUGUCAGUAGUGCAGCGUUUUGUCAUCCGCCGGUACCAAGAAGUUGGGCGUAUGGUGAUCGUGUGGCGAGGAUCCAUCGAAGGCGAGGGAAUGUUCAGGGAUAUGCAUGCUGAGGAAACUGGCUGGGGCGUUGCCACUCCAUUUGUGGGAACUUCAAAGGCUGGAACAAUGCUGAGAACAUGCGUUCGCAUUACACCGAUGCAUUUUAAUUACGCACCGACUCAUGUACCCAUCGCGAAGCAGUUUAUUGGUCUGGUACUUGAUUCAGGCGUGGAAAAUAAUUCUGAGAUCACCAACGCACUCGAAAAUUUACUGCUGAGGGAUGAGUAGAAUAUUCUUGUGUUCAUUAAAUUGCUCUCAUCGAAGAAAUUAUGCUAUCUCGUUUUCAACGCUCAUCCAGCGCCAAAA